UCACCUGAGUCUAUUGCUGCCUAUUUCUGCAUGCCCUUUCUCCAACACUUGUUAGUUGUUACACAAUAUUUUGCUCUGUCACCUGCUGGAAAAUUGAAAAGUUCACAAUUUUAACUUGUAAGAAAUGGAGUUGUCCAUAAAGUUCAAUAUAGGAUCACUUACUGAGUUGAGCUGUCGCAUUUCACUACUAGCUUUGCUUUGUGUUAUGAGCUUUUCCUCAACAGAUGCAUAUGAUGCUCUUGAUCCCAGUGGCAAUAUUACAAUCAAAUGGGAUAUUAUGAGCUGGACUUCAGAUGGUUACAUAGCCACUUUGAGCAUUUUGAACUUCCAGAAGUAUCGGCACAUUGAAGCUCCAGGAUGGAAAUUAGGAUGGACAUGGGCUAAAAGUGAGGUAAUAUGGAGCAUGUUGGGCGGUCAAACAGUAGAGCAAGGAGAUUGUUCAAAAUUCAAAGGCGACAUUCCUCACUGUUGCAAGAAGAAACCCACAGUUGUUGAUCUACUACCAGCAGCCCCAUAUACCCAGCGGAUGGCAAACUGCUGCAGAGGUGGUGUUUUAAGCUCUUGGGUUCAGGACCCUGCCAAUGCACUCUCCUCAUUUCAACUCACGGUUGGUCAAGCUGGGACAUCUAAUAAAACGGUGAGAGCACCAAAGGACUUUACCCUGAAAACACCAGGCCCUGGAUAUACCUGCGGACCAACUCAAUUUGUCAAACCAAGCAAAUUCAAGACACCAGACAGGAGGAGGGUCACCCAAGCUUUGAUGUCAUGGCAGGUAAGUUGCACAUAUUCACAAUUCCUAGCCCAAAAGACUCCGACUUGCUGUGUCUCGCUCUCCUCCUUCUAUAGUGAAACGAUUGUCAACUGCCCUGCUUGCACUUGUGGUUGUCAAAACAAGGUACCUCAACCUGCAGCAGGAACCUGUGUUGGAUCGGUUUCUUCUUAUCUGGCUUCAGCUCUUGCCAUUCCGAGCAAGAUCAAUAGUUAUACACCGGUUGUUCACUGCACUAGCCACAUGUGUCCAAUCCGAGUCCACUGGCAUGUCAAGCAAAACUACAAAGAGUACUGGAGGGUGAAGAUCACAAUCACAAAUUUCAAUUACAAAAUGAAUUAUACACAGUGGAAUCUUGUCGUUCAGCAUCCCAAUUUUAAUCAUCUUACCGAGACUUUCAGCUUUAAUUAUAAGCCAAUAAUACCUUACGGUUUGAUAAAUGAUACGGCAAUGCUAUGGGGAAUCAAAUACUACAACGACUGGCUUAUGCAAGCUGGACCCGAUGGAUUUGUGCAAUCAGAGCUUCUAUUUAGGAAGGGCAAGUCUUUCACCUUCGACAAGGGAUGGGCUUUCCCUCAGAGGAUUUAUUUUAAUGGUGACGUCUGUGUGAUGCCACCUCCAGAUCAAUAUCCAAACCUGCCAAAUGGUAGUAGUUCUGGAAUAGCAUCUUUGCUUGGCCUCCUGAAAUUACCAAUCCUGUCACUUUUACUCAUAUUUUUUAGUGCCCCCUAAGUAACAAGUCAGUAUGAGGAGUUUUAUUCCCUCCCUCAUGCUUACACCCUCAAAUGUUCUCGACAGUCAAGAGAAUUUUUCUAUAGCUGCAUUCUGGUAGAAGGGCCCAAUGUGUCCAACUGUCCAUUGCUAAACUCCGAGCUACUACUUUUUGUUGGCAGCAUUAGGCUGGAUAGCCACUUCAAAGUUUUGCUUACACAUGCUUUCAUUAUUAAUGGCAUUA